AUGACGGCAUUUGACUAUAUCAGCAAUAUAUCGAGUAACAAGAUGAAUUGGAAUUUGAAGGUACGAGUAGUGAGAUUGUGGCAUGUUCCAGACUGCGACAAACCAGACAACACCGUCUCCCUUGAAAUUCAAGACAAAAAGGGCGAUCGAAUUCAUGCGACUGUUGGUCUGUCUCUUAUACAUAUGUUCAAACUAAAGAUAAAGGAAUUGGAUGUUAUUGGAGAGGUUGUAAGUUAUGGUAAAGUAGAAUCACAUAACCAAGGUAAUAAGACCAGCACUUUCAUGAAUGUGGAACUUGAAGAUCAUGAGAGGAAUAAUACCUUGGCAACAUUUUGGGGAGAAUUCGUAGACCAGAUCUUGACACAUUUAGAGGGAUCACCCCAUCAGCCAGUCAUAGUUGUUAUGCAGCUGAUAAAAGCUCAUAAAUUCAAGGCAAAUAUUCUGUGCGUAAUACUUGGCAUGCCUCAAAGCUCUGGAUUAACCCGGAUCUUCCUCAAUGCCUCAAAGCUUUGGAUUAACCCGGAUCUUCCUCAAGUUUUUGAUUUUAAGUCUAGAUUGGCAAGUGUGAAUGAAGCUAACUCUUUCAGGAUCAGUCAAAUACCUUCUCAGCGUAGUUAUUCUGUUUCUGAUGAGUUGGCUACUGGAAUUGUAGAAGUUAAAACUAUUACAGGAUUGGUCGACUGCAUGGAGAAGCGGAGGUGCUUAAACGGAGGGCUCACAACAGAAGCGGUCCCUGUGGUGGUAAGGUACAAGCUUCAAGUGCAAGUAAUGGAUCGCACUGGUUUUACAUCUUUGUUGCUUUGGGAUCGUGAAGCAACAAACCUCAUUGGCAAGUCUGCUAAUGAGUUAAAUGAAAGUUCAAUUGAGAUUUUUGGUGCUGUUGAUGAGUGUUCUUAUCCAGUGGAGUUGUAUGAUAUUCUUGACAAAAAAAUCCUGUUUAAAGUGACUGUUAAGAGCUUCAACAUUAAGGUGCAUGCAGAAGUUUAUAAUGUUGUUAAGAUCAACGAGGACGAUAACCUUAUACAACAAUAUAGUCAAUCUCCACAAGAUGAUACAUUCACUGACCCUGAUUUUGAGUGUGAACAACACACCGAAAAGGACACAACUUUCAAGGAUUCAAUGGCUGAUAAUGAGAUGACUUCUCCUGCAAAGACCCCUGCCAAAAGAAGUAGAGAAGAGGAUGGGUCAUCCGUAGUAGAUGUUGGUGAUGAUCUUGCACAAUUUUCAAGUAACAAGGCUCCUGAAGUGCAUCCUGCGGCUGACUGGAUGAAGCCUCUGGUGGGUCGGCCAACUGGAUGA